AUGGUCAACGUACCUAAAACCUGGUGGACUUUCUGUAAGAAAUGUGGCAAGCAUCAGCCUCACGAAGUGACCCAAUAUAAGAAGGGCAAGGAUACCACAAAGAAGAUUGUGCUCAGGCUUGACUGUGUUGAGCCCAACUGCAGAUCCAAGAGGAUGCUGGCCAUUAAGAGAUGCAAGCAUUUUGAACAGGGAGGAGACAAGAAGAGAAAGGGCCAAGUGAUCCAGUUCUAAAACUUGUGUUUUCUGAGAGGAAAAUACUAAAGC